GGUGUGGCCGCCACAUUUAACUCAGUUGUGCCCGGUUCUCCCGUCUGCUACUGGUUGUGGUUGGUCUGGUAGAAAUAAGUUGGCAAAAGAACCGUGUCAGUCCGUCGUAGACGGGUCGUUCUUCGCGUUCAUGACGACGUCUUAGGUCGGGCUUCUUUCCGAAAAGACAGUAGCAGGAAGCUGCGCUCGUACGCAAGAUGCCACAAAACCAAGAACAACAACAGGCGCAACGACCUGGCGAUACCUCCACCUGCUCCACGUGCAGCACGCUUUGCAGAACCAGCUGGUGCACAACUGCCACUACUUGAAAACAGCCACGCGGCGGCAUCGCAGUAAGUAGCCCUGUUGCAGUCAUAUCACCAUGACCGUGAUUGACCAGCUGACCCCGGGCACCCUCGUCUGGGUUCCGGACGCCGAGGAGGUCUGGGUUGCCGGCGAGGUGUGCGAAAACACCUCCUCUACGGGAGGUGCGGCUGGAGGCGGUAGUAAUGUCUCCGGCGGCGCCGCGAGUGAGCAGCAGCUCACGCUGUCCGUUCGCAUCGGGGAGAAGAGCGACGAGCCGCGGGUCUUGAAGCGAAACGAGAUCGUCCACCUGCGCAACAUUGACCCGAAGGAGCCCCAGCGGGACAUUGACUCGUCCGACAUUGAGGACCUGGUGCACUUGUCGCACCUGCACGAGCCCGCGCUGCUGCACGUGCUGCAGGAACGGUUUGCCAAUGACCAGAUCUACACCUUCACGGGUGCGAUUCUGCUCGCGGUGAACCCCUUCAAGCAGAUCCCGAACCUGUACUCACCCGAGCUGAUGCACUCCUACCUGACCUACGAGCCCUACGUGGUCGAGGUGGAGCCAUCGCACCUGGGCUCGCACGGGUCCUCCGACGUGCCCCGGG